AUGCGGGGACCACUACUCUGCAUUAAAACACGCAGAUUUGAGCGACAAAUCACGGAGAGUCCCAGUCCCGAUCCCGUGACAGAGACGUGUGCCGCGGCGGAACAAAGCCCGGACCAGUAGAGCCUGUUCAGGGUUGAUUAAGGAGUCGCUUCUCACUGAGUUUGCGCUGUUAGGAGCUUCUACUCUGUCAACAUAUCAGUUUGCUACGCCCCAAACUCCAUCAAAAGCGCCUGGUUCCGUUCGGGCUCGGACUGCUAUCUGAAACUACCGCGGCAUCUUUGACGGUUUCUCCCGAAAUAAGGCCGUGAGGAGGAGAGGCUGUUUAUCCGGGUAGAGAACCAGCCAGCAGGCCGCUUUGUUGACGAAUUCUUCCCGGACUCUUUGAAACCUCGCAUUACGGAGGUUUAUCGAAAGGAGCCGAGCGAGGACCGUGAAUUGCUUCUCCCGGCGGCGAUGCGCGGAGCUCGGACCUUCGUGGAGGAAUGUGUCGCCUUUUCCCGGCGUUAGCUCCUCUGCGGCUCCAUGGCCAGCAGUAACAACAUGCUCCUCGCCUCCGCCGUGGUGGUGUGGGAAUGGCUGAACGAGCACGGCCGGUGGCGGCCCUACAGCCCCGCCGUCUCCCACCAGAUAGAGGCGGCUAUCCGCAGCAGCGACCCCCGCGGAGGCAGCGUGGUCCUCGGCCAGGUGGACAGCCGGCUCUCGCCGUACAUCAUCGACCUCCAGUCCAUGCACCAGUUCAGACAGGACACAGGUACUAUCCGUCCAGUGCGGAGGAGUUUUUAUGAUCCAGCCUCAGCACCGGGUCAGGGCUGGCAGUGGGAGUGGGAGAACGAUGCAGGAACCUGGACUCCAUAUGACAUGGAAGUGGCAAUCGCCAUUGAGAACGGCCACAACCGGCAGCAGAACUGCCUGGACCUGACACCGCUUGGCUUCUGCUACCUCAUCGACUACCAGAACAUGACACAGGUGAACAGACAAAGUCAGCGGUGUCGUCGUAUUCAGAGGCGAGCAGACGUGCCCUACCCGUUGGUGUCUGGUCCUCUCCCCCUGCCUAAAGGAGUUGGUGCUGGAGUGGGUGGGGGGCUAACGGGAGCCUUACUGGGUGUUGGGGUCUCAGGAGCCAGCAUGUCAGCUGGAAGUGCCAUCACCUCAAAUGGGGGCUUACCGGCGGCUGGCCUGAACCAGCCCUGCUCCUGCCAGCAGUGCAUGCUGGUACUCAGUGUGAAGGCCAACACUGGGGGGUCAGCAGGAGCAGCAGCAAUACAGACUUUGGGUAGACGCUCGUUGGCAAUGCAGCGGGCCAAGAACUUGGCACCAAUGGCCAUAAGAUCCCUCAGCCCGUCAAAGUCAGCCACCUUGGGUCGGGGGCAGCAGCAGAACUCCAACUUUAACUCCAACUACUAUCAGACGCUGCCGCAUGGUCUCGCCAUCGCCAAAAACACAGCCUCGCCCCGGCAGAACGCCCAGCUUUUCGCCCAGUCGCUGGCUGCCCUCACUGCCAGCACCUCCUCAAUGGGCAUCUCCAUGUCUUCCAGCAGACCUCCCCCGCCAUCACUGCCGCCCCCUCAGCCUCCUUCCUCCUUACCCAGUCAGAACCCCCCGUCUAUUCCACCCAAGCUCUCCUCGUCUUCUGCAACCAACGAGUCGGUGCCAACAGCCACGUUGAUCACCCCUGCCAGCGGCGUAACCACGCCUCCUUCGCCUGUGCCAUCUCCUUCGCCAGUGGUCAUGAAGCCACAACGCACCAUGUCGUCAGCGGCAACAGUGUGCCACGCUCCGCUGCCACAAAGAUCCAGCCUCGCGGGGCUGAGCAGGCCAGCUCUGCAGAGGAUCGCCAUGGCUCAGUCCAGGGCGCUCAUAGCAUCCGGCGUACCCACCGUCCCCGUGAAGAACCUGAAUGGAUCCAGCCCCGUCCACCCCGCUCUGGCAGGGAUCACGGGAAUCCUGAUGAGCGCCGCCGCCCUGCCUGUGUGUCUGACCCGGCCCCCGAAGCUGGUGCUGCACCCCCCACCCGCCAGCAAAAGCGAUAUCAAGCCGGUGCCGGGCUUUAACCACUGCUGCAGGAAGACCACCAAGAAGCAGACCCGGAAAGGAAAAACUCCAGAGGAGGUGGUGAAGAAGUACCUGCAGAAGGUGAAGAGCCCCCCUGAAGAGGACUGUACAAUCUGCAUGGAGCCCCUAGGGGGAGCUUCAGGGUACAAAGGUCCAGGCGUGACUCCGGUUUCCAGGGCGGAGUCGGUGGGGCGUCUGGCACAGUGUGGACACCAGUAUCACUUCCAGUGCCUGGUGGCGAUGUACAACAACGGCAACAAAGACGGCAGUCUUCAGUGUCCGACCUGCAAAACCAUCUACGGCGUGAAGACGGGAAACCAGCCGGCAGGAAAGAUGGAGUACCACGUCAUCCCUCACUCUCUGCCAGGUCAUCCCGACUGCAAAACCAUCCGCAUCAUCUACAAUAUCCCUCCUGGCAUCCAGGGACCAGAGCACCCAAACCCAGGGAAGCCCUUCACUGCCAGAGGCUUCCCACGACACUGCUACCUCCCCGACAGCGAGAAAGGACGCAAGGUACUGAGGCUGCUGCUGGUGGCGUGGGACCGCAGGCUCAUCUUCUCCGUCGGCACGUCAAGCACCACGGGGGAGUCCGAUACCGUCAUCUGGAACGAGGUCCACCAUAAGACAGAGUUCGGCUCCAACCUGACGGGACACGGAUUCCCCGACCCUGGACACCUGGACAACGUCCUGGAGGAGCUCCGCGCUCAGGGCAUCACAGAGGAGGACGCACAGACGGAGAAGUGAAGCUGCACACAAAAAAGAGGAGGAUGACCCGGAUGCAGACUCUCUGCCAGCACUUAGAAAGAGAGCUGGGGGUGUUGACCUUUACAUUUUAUGGCAGCGCAUCCACAGGUGAAAAGUUUGAGGAGCUCAGAAACGGUACUAACACAAGUGAACUCUACUAGAAGGAGCAGGAUGGUUAAAUGUUAGUGUAGAUCUAAAACUGGGAAAAGGAAGAGAUAUGGAAAGAUGGAGGCAAAAGGACGGAUGAAGAUGGAGUUUGGAGGUAGAGUAGGACAGGAGUAGAGUAAAGCUAACUGGUUCAACACUUUUUCAGGUACUUCAGCUGAAAACAAACAUGAGCACUGAUCAAACCCACCUGUGGGCUGUGUCGCCCUCGUGUGGCGGAGGUGAUGCACUGCAGUUGGAGCUGCAGGAACAAAUCAAAAAUGAGUUCCACCUUCUGUUCUUGUAAUCCUCAUUUAGCUUCAUUCCAGUCUUAACUUCUUACUGUGAGGCCAAAAGAUCCAACCUGGAGUCUUAAAGUUAUUCCACUGUGGUACGAGUGAGGCCGCGGUACUCUGGGGCAGCUCAGUGGAGGGGGGAGGGGGGUUCAGCAGAAGAGGCAAGUCCCGCUUUCAGAGGAGUUUGUUGUGUUGUUUGUUAAGCUUGGUGCCUUUUUAUGCUGGAAUAAUUCUUAAGACAGUUUAAACAACUUAGCAAACACAACACUCUUGGCAAAUUGAUCUAAAAUUAGUGUUAAGCUCAUAUAAAUGGUACAAUCCCCCCCCACUGUUGUCCGAAAUUACGAAUCGUCAGUUUAUUGAUCAUAGCUUGCUGUCUAUGAAGCUUUUUUUGUGUAAACAAAAUCAAAUUUCAUAAAUUUGUAUUUGCUGGCGUCAUUGCCUCUGUCUGCACUCCCUCCUCCUCCUUCAGCUGUCAUUUAUGGUAUGAUAGAUGCUGACCCCCCCACCAAUAAUGUUUUUAUUAUAUUUUAUUAAAAAAAAACUGUAGCGACACCUUUGCUUUUGAAUAGCAUCUCUUUUCUUGACACUAUUAUAGAGCAGUUUUGCCUUUUUUUCAUUUUGUACAUUUAUGUUUUAUCAUGUCCUUUUUUUCCCCAUUUGUUUACAAAGACAGUGUUAUUAAAAACAAGGUCUUUAUUUUUACCUGUGUACAGCAGUGAAACUGAUCUGCAUCUUUUCUUGGGAAAAGGACUUUGAUGGUAAACUUUUAUUGAGUGUGACAUGUAACCAGCUGAAAGCAGAAACUUUGUAUUCUUACUGUUCUUUAUAUCGCCUGUUCUGAAGCUGGUCGGCUCGGAGCCUUUUAUCGUAAGCUGGAACCACGAGGAUGAUCAGGAUCUUUCAUUGAGUACGUCUUGUUGUGCAUCUUUGCAGUUCUUUCUCUCUGGCUCAGACGCUGCACCUAAAGAUCAUUCCCUCUCUACAAACUCUCGCUUUAUUUUGUACUGGAGUUAAAAAAGAACAAAAAAGAUGGAAUUAUAAACCCUGAUUUUGUAGAAAGUGAUCUGCUGCAACCUCUGAGCCCUGCAGCAAACCGCUGUGAGUCGUCACCUGACAUCUAGGUACCAGCUGCCAUGUCAUAAACGGAUGAGCAUCCAAACACAAGAAAAAAAAUGUAAAUAUCACAAAAUAAUUGCUGGAGUAUGAAUGAUUAAUACAUGAAAUAAAGAAUGAAUGAAUCUCA